GAGGCGCGCGAGCUCGAUGCCCCCGUGCUGCCGGUGACGGUGCGUUGUCUAAGCAUUUGUCCGGCUAGAGCGCGCAGGAGCAGCAUCACAGAGUCUGGAACGGACCAACAGUGAACAGUUUCUUUAUGCAGUUUCCGAUUUAAAAGGUUACUGUAGUCCUGCCUAAUUAAAGAUACCGGACCGGGUGCGCACGUCUAGUCAAAUCACAGACACGGACUAAACGCAAGCGUAGGCGUUUUUUUUCUUUCUUUCCCCAGUGCCUCUCAGUUAGAAAGAGAACUUGAACGCGUGGACAUCUUACAAGAUUUUAGACAAAGCGCAUCCACCUGAUUGUGCUUGUAAGAGGAGCUGAAGAGCAGGAUGGAUGUGCGCUUAGUGCUCGUGCUGUGCGUCCUGACCGGAGCGGUGAGCCCAGACAGCGCGAGCGGUAAAUCUCGGAGCUGCACGGCUUUCCGACAAUUCUACAGCACCAAGGGCUUCGCCAUGCUCGGGGUUCCGAUGGCCCAAAUCUCCGGUGAGCACUUGCGAGUGUGUCAACAAGGCUAUACCUGCUGCACGAGUCAGAUAGAGGACAAUCUGUCCAACUUGAGCAGGAAAGAAUUUGAGGACCAGGUGAAAGAAUCUGGGCACACAUUACAAGUCACCCUCAACAGCCAGUACAAAAGCUUUGAUGGUUAUUUCCUAGAGCUGCUGAACCGUUCUGAAACUUCGCUCAGUGCCUCAUUGCAGUCCACCUUCGGUUUGCUCUUCUCCCAGAAUGCCCAGUUGUUCCGGGAUCUCUAUUCAGAUCUGCGGCAGUACUACCGUGGCUCCAAAAUGAACCUGGAGGAGGCACUGAAUGACUUCUGGGCACGGCUGCUAGAGAGGUUGGUGCGAGGAUUGAAUAAGCGUUACAGCAUGGGUGAAGAUUACCUGGAGUGUGUGGCGAAGCAAGCAGAGACGUCGCGUCCCUUUGGAGAAACAGUACGAGAUUUCAAGCUCAAGGUCACACGUACCUUUGUGGCUGCCAGAUCAUUUGUUCAGGGGCUCGUCAUUGCUGGGGAGGUGGUGAGAAAAGUUUCUCAGGUUCCUCUCAGUGUAGAGUGUGUACAUGCCCUGAUGAAGCAGACCUAUUGUCCUCAAUGUAAAGAUUUGGCCUGGGCUAAACCAUGUGUCCCAUACUGCAGAAAUGUGAUGAAAGGCUGUCUCGCCAAUCAGGCAGACCUGGACACAGAGUGGAAAAACCUUGCAGAUGCUAUGGUAAUGGUGGCUGAUCGGUUGAGCAGACCCUACAGUGUGGAUGCAGCCAUAAUGUCUCUGCCUAAACGCAUUGCUGAUGCCAUCAUUUACAUGCAGGACAACCUGAACACUUUCAACAACAAGGUGUUUCAGGCUUGUGGUGUUCCUCCGGAGAACCCCAUCCCCUAUGAGCCAAAUAAGAGAGUUGAAAGCUUUGCAGACGUGAGCAGCACUUCAGGAACAAGUGUUGAAAAACUGUUAGCAGAUAUAUCCCGCAAAAUCAGGAACAUGAUGCAGUACUGGAUUCAGUUGCCCACUAAACUCUGUGUGGACCGAGAGGCAAAAGGCAGCGAUGAGAACAAAUGCUGGAAUGGAAUGGCCAUAGAUAGGUAUCUCCCUGAGAUAAUUGGAGAUGGACUGGCCAACCAGAUCAACAACCCUGAGGUGGAGAUUGACAUCACUAAACCAGACAUGAUAAUACGACAACAGAUUAUGCAACUUAAAAUCAUGACAAGCCGAAUGAAAAACGCCAUCAAUGGCAACGAUGUGGACUUCCAGGAUGCCAGUGAUGACAUCAGUGGCUCCGGAAGUGGAAUGUGCAACGAUGAUCAGUGUGUCCACAACCAGCAAAUUAUGGUUCGCAGCACACGCAGACCGAGAGUCUAUUCCAACGCUUCUGUGAACAAGAACGAGGUGAAAGGUGACGGAAGACGGAUCCUCCCUUGCACCGCCGUUUACCUGCUCUCGUUGGCCACAGUGCUGCUUAGGCGAUAAUUGUUGUUUCAGCCAAUCAGGACUCAGUAUGGGAUGGGAAUGGACUGAGGAGGGGUGGGGACAGAUACGUUGCCAAAAAUAAUAACAUAACAAGCAUAUGAAUCUUACAACAAUAGCAAAAUGUGCAAAAUGAAUGGUCUUCUUUGUCACUACACACUUCUUUCAUUUCUGGUCUUUAUGUCUGUUUUGAAUACCUGCACUCCUAGAAAUUCUCUGGUGUGAGGGAAAUAUUGCUCAAUUUAAAAAAUGAUAAACGAUAAAUGAUUCUCUAGGUAUGGAAUUAAUUAUAUAUUUCAAAGUCUGUGCUAUAAAAGUUGCGGAAGUAUCUUAUUCGUCCGCCUUUAAAAAUUUUAGAUAAUUUAUUUAUUACCGAAUUACUAUCCCCUCUAAUCCUGAAAUGUCAGGAAAUCAACAAAUAGGUCGAAUCACAUGUUUAUCAAAAACAGAAAGGUUUAGAUUUUAGACUACAAUAUUUAAACAUGGUCCUGCAAUAUUUUAUAUUAACACCAUUUUUCUCACAGGCAACCAUUUCUAUUUUCUCACGCUUUUCGUAAUCAUUGUUAUUAUUCUUUUUCGGUUUAAAAUUGCAACUUUACGGCUCAGGCUUGCAUAAAACACCUAUAUUUACCACAGUUAUGAAAAAAAGCAAUGCAAAGAGCAAUAUUUUGGCUUUGAAGCUCACACACCAGCAGAAUAAAAAAGAAGACAAUAUUUUUGAGAAGAUUGAUCAGUUCGCAGAAGCCGUAUGUAAAGCUGUAUGAUAGCGUUUUGAUCUUAUCAAAUUUCCCCAUUAUCGCUGAGCUUUUUUUUUUUGUAUUUUUUUUUUAAAAACACUGCCCUGUUGUGUACUUCAGUUAGACAACAAUCUGUUUGAAAAUGUUGACAGUGUUUAUGUGAUGCUCGCACUGCAACGUUAGUGAUCCUUAACGAUCAUGGAAGUCUACCAAUGGCACUCUGUAGACAAAACGUAAGUGUUGAGAAGGAGGUUGAGCAGUUUAGAUGGUGAAAUGUUUGUGGACAGGUAGAAAUGUGUGUGUGUGUGUGUGUGUGUGUGUGUGUGUGUGUGUGUGUGUGUGUGUGUGUGUGUGUGUGUGUGUGUGUGUGUGUGUGUUUGUGUGUAUGUGUGUGUGAGAGAGAGAAAAGUUUGUUUGUCUAGGUGAUAGAUAUUCAGAUGCGUGUGUUAGGGAUGUAACCAAAUAUGAAUUCAUUAUUUGGAAUGAACUGUGUAUUUGAAUCUGUUCUAAACAGGUAGCAGGAGCACUAUGCGUGUGUGUGUUUGUGUGUGUGUUUGUGUGUGUGUGUGUGUGUGUGUGUGUGUGUGUGUGUGUGUGUGUGUGUGUGUGUGUGUGUGUAUGUGUGUUUUAUUUUGCCCGUAAUAUACGCACCUCAGUACUAGAGGUGUGUGUCAGGCCUGGGAUCCCAUAGGAUGCAACAAAAUAGUCAUAGAAGCAGGAAGUUUUUACUUUCAUGCUGGAGCAAGUGAGAAGUCAGAUGAAACUCUGAAAAAAAAAGAGUAUAGGAACAUGCAGCACAGCACAAUGCAUGUACGACAGCCUUAAUAACAGUGCUGCAGUGGCAUUAAGCUACUACGCUGAAAAUAAUAUAAGGAAAUUUGUUCAAAAUGAUCACAAACCGAAUUAAAGAAAAAUAAUAACUGCACAGGCAAGUUUCAACGGUCACUAUAGUUAAGAUGGAUCUGGGUGUUUGUGAGUGUGUGUGAGAAUUUGACAGUGUGGGCAUGUGGACAUGAUGGCCCUAGGAUGUGUGUGUGUGUAUGUGUGAGAGAAUGUAUACAUUUGAAUGCUCAUCUUUCAGUGCAUGUGACAGAACACCCCUGUCCUGGGAACAAGUAAUAAUGGCGCAGGGUGAUGACAUCACUACAAACCAAGCAGUGGAUGUGAUUGCGUUCAGCUUGUGCACACCGCAGUUACUGCAGCUUGUCGUUGACAGAGUGUUCAGAACCACUGCAUGCUGGGACAUCCCUUUUCCUCUCCACCAGUCAUCUCUUGUCCUAGCCCUGACACAUUCCGAAAUGAAUGAAAGGUAAAAUGAGUAAAGGAAAAAUAAAUAUAAACAAAACAAACAAACAAAAAAAAGUACAUUUAUUUGCACAACUCUGUAUAGUAACUCUGUGUAGCUUUCAUUUCAGUUGCUCCGUUCCUUUCCUGACAUAAUAUUGCACUUUUUGUGACAUACAUGUUGACUCGUAACAUUGCAGCUGCAACACGACUUGAUUGACGAUCUGUAGCAGAGCAUCAUUGAUAAAGCAGCUGAUUGAUUGGACACAGAUGUUGAAAAGUAUGUAUUAACAAAACCCUCCGAUAGAAAAAAAAAAAUGGGAUAGAAGCAAAGACAGGAUUUUAUCAGAUAGCAUUGUGGAUAAUAGGAUCCAAAAUUUGAGAAAGCUGUUGGUUAAAAGCAGUCAUAUGCAGAACAGUGAAUUUCUAAUCACGUUUCAGUGCUAACCCUCAUUUAUACAUGAUAUUUGUACCAGAACACUGUACAUAUUCAGCCUGUAAACCACUAAAAUGAUAAAAUAACUGGGACGAGUAUCUUCUGGGGUACUUCACAUUAUCAACGAGGACUGAGGGAGACAGUAGCACACACUGGCACGCGUGGCAGAAUGAUGCCAUGGAUACUGGGCACAGGAAAAUGUAUACACUUUUUACAAAAAAACAGGAUUACGUUAUUGCAUGUCAUGUAUUAAGAACAGUGAAGUCCAGUAAAGGGUUCAGCCGAUUCAGUUCACUAGUCUGUGAACGCCUGUUUUAACAACUUGGGCCCUAAAUAGCACCUUGUAUUGUUAAAUAUGGCUGACAUCAGUGAAGUGAAAUUAAAACUAGAAAAAAAAAAUGCAAAUAUCUAUAAGAUGUUCUGAUAUACUGUAUGCUUUAUUGUUUUUGUGAUUCCAUUUCUCUACUUGUUUUUUUCUUUUUUUUUUCUUUUUUCAAUAAACACCAAUAGAGAGUCUGUGUUCAUGGAUGAAGUGUCAAAAAAAAAAAAAUACAUUUGAUGCAAAUUUGUCAACUUGCUGUUUUAUGUUCCUGGAAAAAAGGAAUACUUGUCAAUUAUAUACAUCAUACAAUUUUAAA